CUAUGAAGUAUUACUUGUGGAUAAAGACACUGCUUGGAAUUACACAUGUCUGUACUCGAUGUGGCUAUCAGGGCUGGAGAUCUGGUCCCAACAGAGCAAUCUUGUCUCUGUAGCCAUGAGAGAAUCGCCUCCACCUCCAACUCUUUCCCUGAAUCCAUACCAUCCAGUGUACAUCCAAGGGGAAUGGAUCACCCUGACCUGUUCCACUCCUGAGGGCCUGGAGAUUUCAGGAUACACGUUCUCCAAGGAAUUCCAAGGUCAGAGAUCAGAGCACAGCAAAAUAAAGGUUCCCCUUGAAGCCUUCAGUGUAGGUGAAGACACUGCUGGGAAUUACAGCUGCAUGUAUUGGACGCGGCUAUCAGGAAGGGAGGUCCAAUCCGCUUGGAGUAGCCUCAUCUCUGUAACUAUGGCAUAUCCACCUCCUGCCCCGGUGCUGAAAGUGGAUCCUGCAUCCAGAGUGGUGACAGAAGGGGCCUUCCUGGUCUUCACUUGCUUGGCCAAUGGGAACAACACCGGGAGAAAGUUCCAUUUCUACAAGGAUGGGGCUAAUAUCUCAUCCACCACUGAAGGGCUUCAGGGGAGCAAAGGAGAACCAGGAGAUGCCUCCCCAGACUUCACUCUAAGUAUCUUAAAGUCCAAGCCCCACCACACUGGGGAAUUUGCCUGUAGCUAUGAGGAAGAAAUGGAAGGCCGGUGGGUCUCUUCUUCCUGGAGCCCGAUGACAAUCCUCACAGCGCUGGCCCUGAUCUAG